AUGGAUUUUGAAACAAUUUAAUAGCUUUUAGUCUCUUACUAAAAUGGUACUUAGAUUUCUAAUGAGCACCUAUAAGCACUUAGAGAUAAAAUCUUGUGUAUCAGAGAGUUCCAAAAUUUGCGUAAAUAGUUAGAUGGAGAUAACAAGGUGUUCGACUAAUGCCUGAAGUAUUUAAAGUAUGAAUUUUACCCUAAAAAUAGACUAAUAUUCUAUACUGGAUAAAAGAAGGAAUAGUUUUAUUUUGUGUUGGAAGGAAGCUGUGGAUAAUUUUAAUAAAAGGAAGACUCUAAUAUAAAUAAAGAAAUUCAUUACUUUGGAAUACUUUAGGAACUUUAGUCUAAUCUGAAAUAGGAAGAGUCCAAAUUAGCUCAAGUAGGAACAUUGUAAGAGGAGUAAAAUACAUUAUACUCUAUUAAGAUUUUGUAGUAAAAAAUAUCUGUUGCUGAAGCAACUCUAUAAGUUUAUAGGAAGGAUAUAGACUAGGCUAAGCUUAAAGAGGCUAUUUUAUCUGUAGAAGAUAAGCAACUACGUCAUAAGCUCUAUUAGAAGCACUUUUAGCUUAACAAUCUGUGCUUAUAUACAAAGGAAAAGGUGCUUAUUAGUGGAGAUAAUAUUGAUUAGAUCAACUUAAAUGGGAAGGAUAAUAAAAAUACAGUGAUUACUUUAGAAGAUAGCCAUAUAAUAAGCAUCAAUAUAGAUGACUAUUCUCGCGUUUUUUAACAUAUUGUAAAACAAAUAUAGCAAAGCUAAAAGAUUAUGAGAAACUAUUUUCCUGAUGUCAAUGAAGAAAUAAUAUAAUUUCUAUCGUAUGAGUUUACUACACAUUAUUUCGAAAGAAACGAAGUCAUCUACAGCUAGAAUAGUUCAAAUCCUUAGUCUUUUUUUAUUCUUCUAUAAGGAACUAUUGAAAUAAGAAAAUAUAUUGAAAAAGGAAAGAAGUAAUAAAAUUGUAAUAAUAAUUCUCAAAUUGUUGACAGUAGCAGUAACACUAUUAAAUAAAAAACUGACCACACAAUAACUUCUCAUAAAAAAUAAUAAAUUAACAAUAAUGCAGAAAAUUAAUUUGAAUAGUAAAUUGUAAGCGAAAAAUAAUCCAACUAACAACAAGAUACAUAAAAUAGAAAUACUGAAAUCAUUAAAAUUGGAGUAGCAAAAUAAAAAGAAGAUGGUUAAAAGGCAUUUAAUGUUAACGAUCCUUUUCACUCAAUCAUAGUUUAUUGCGGAUAGCAAGUUUUUGGUACUGAGUGCCAUGGAAAAAUGAAUGAGUACUCAGCCGUUAGCAUAUCAACUGAAACAAAAGUUAUCGCUCUUGAUAAGAAAAAAUUUGACUUGUAUGACCAUUAAUUUAAUUUUAGAGGAUUUUUAAAGAGAUAGGCAAUAAUAUAAAAUAAAUUCUACUAAGAAAGACUAUAAAGGUUGGCAGAUUUUUCAAAGAAAAUGCUGGAUGAGUAGAUAAAAAAUAAAUAACUUAUCUAGACUUAAGUUAAGCAAAACAUAAUUCCUAAUCAAAUUUCUUGUUUAACAAAUACUUCACCAAUGAAGCUUAACCAGAAAGAUUUGCAAUAAGAUUUACUAGAACAAAAUGAGAGCAAUAACAACGUAUUUGAUUUUUAAUAAAAAUUACACCACUAGUCAAUAAUAAAAACAAUAUUUUCUUCUCAAGGAUAAGAAAUAUCCUUCAAAGAUCUUAUAGAAAAGCUAAUUCAAACCAGAAGUAAUAAAUAAGAUUUAUAAAUUAAUUAAGAAGAUUAGGCUGAAGAAAUAUAAUCAAAAAAAGAGCCACAAUCUUCUUAAAACUCCCCCAGAAAAUAAAAUUAAUAAUUUUAGUUACAAUAGUAACAUUCUUCAGGUGUAAAUAGAGGCUUUGAUUUUGAAAUGAAUGACGAUAAAAAACGUAGAACUAAUAUAUUAAUUGAUCACAAAGUAAAAAAACAAUUAAAUUAUAAAAAAAUAGAAAAAAUAACUGAUUACUAAGGCAAUAGCACCCUACAAAAGAAUGAUUAAAAAAUACCCUUGAACAGUAGUAAUAUAAAUAAUAGCAAUAUCAACAAUUAUAAAGGCGAUGAUUUGGCAAUCUACUUACAAAAAUAAAAACAAAGAAAUCAAUACGUUUAGAGAGAAGGUUAACUUCCGUGGUUAGAUCAGUUUGGCUUUAGGAAAGAAAUGGAACAUGCAGCAAACUCACUUAGCUUAAAUUAAAUUUAAAAGAAAAUUGAUUACCAAAAUUAAAUGAUCAAAUAAAUACAAAAGAGAAACAGCCAAGAUUUAUCUCCCAUAAAUUCAAACCGAAAAAGAAAUUCUACAUUAGAAAAUAUCAAUGAAGGUAGCUCGUAGACUAAUUUUCAAAAUGAAGUUUAAUAAAUACCUGAAAAGAUUUCUCAAUAAAAAAGUUUUGUUAACCUUGAUUUAAUUAACAAGUAAAUUCAUAUCAUAAAAUCAAGCAUAAGCACUAUGAAAGAGCAAGAUUAGCAAGAAUAAGAAUAGAUUUAAGAUAUGAAAAGAAUUUUUUCAACAAACAGUAUUUUGCUAAAUCGUUCUCAAUCAAAUAGUCACUCCACUUAAAAGUGUAAUUAAGAAUUACAGUCAAAUCUUUCGCAGUCCUACAUAGCUAACUUUAACAAUGAAGUAGUUAGCUCUUCUCAUAGAUCCCAAAGCUAAAAUAUCAGCUCUUGCAGCCUUAAUUCACCAGGUUAGAAGACUAUUUUAGAAUCUUUAAAUUCUCCGAAUAGCUUUGUGCAACAGCAAAGAAAUAGAGAAAAGAUUAGAAAAACUAAAAAAUUUAAUUCUGCAAUAAUAAGUAACUGUAACAACCUUCAGCAUAUUUAAUAAUAACCAAAUAGCAUCAAGUCUUCUUCUUAAAUUAAUAUUCAUAAUGAGUUUUGUUCUUAAAAAGAAAUCCCCUCUCUCAGUAUCUUUUCGCCUCUGCCAAAAAAAUAAAGAGCUCUUUAAUCCCAUCAUGUUGAAUAGUAAAAAACAGAGCUUCCUUUAAUUGAAUGUACUCCAUCAAUAAAAAGCCAAGUUAAUCUUCUUAAAAAGAGAAAUUUAAUAGCAGAAAAUUUCUCGCCCUCUAUCAAUACAAGGCUAAAUAUCUCUUAAAAGAUUGAUAAAUCUCCAACUUCUAUAUCUGCCUCACAUAACCAUCUUCUUACAGAUAGAUUGGUUAUAAGUGAUACCUAUAAAGAUUAUUCAGUAUUACAUGUUAAAAAGUUAUCAGAAAAUUUUAGUAUAAACUCUCCUCAUUCUUGUUCUUCAGUUAGGUAGAUAAUAAAUAGAUAACUUAGUUAAGACUAGCUUACACCCUCUACUCUUGCUCCUUCCCCUCUUACAUUUUCUCAUGGUCAAUAAAUCUCAUUUUCAAAUUUCAAAUAAAAAUCUUCUCACUUUAUCAGAUGA